AGAGGAAGCCAACAAACUUCCAAGAGAAAACCAGCCUCCUUUUGUUCCACCUCUCCUUCUCUUCUAAGAGAUGCUUAAGGCCAACGUAGAGAACACAGUUGCAAGCCCAGCAACUCUCUGGUUCCCAGGGAGAAAGAUGGAAGGCUUUGGAGCGGCUCCGCUAUCGGCGAGGGCGCGAGAGAUAGCCAAGAGUCGAGAAGAGCUCCUCAGGCUCCUGCGAGAUCUCCCGGAGUCGGAGUAUGAGCUCUCCCUCACCGACCUCGUCGAGAAAGGAUCGGUUGCCGGUAAUUCAGCUGUGGAAGAGAAGAAGACUUCUUCGGAAGGAGAAACUAAGAGAACACCAUCAGCUGCUAAGGAGAGAAAGAAGAGAAGGAACGGCAGGGGGAGCUGUGGCAGCAGCAGUGAUGGAGUGCUCUUGAAUUUUUAUGUGCCGAGUUCUCUGACCCGGAGCCUGACUGCACCACGGUCAAGCAGGGCCAGCCGGGGGGUGGCUCAUAGGGACGUGACAGACUGCAACAAGAGGGACAGAGAACCCGCCAUGUUCGGAUGUUGGCCAGCUUUUUGGGAGAGAAGGGGAGGGAAGUCCAGGCGAGAGGUGUUGGAAAGAAGAUGAGAGGAAAUGUCAUUGGGGUCCUUCAUGCUUUGCCCUCGGAGCUCUGUUUAACUGAGCUGUGUUCGAUCACAUGGCGGCUUUGGUUGGGUUGGAAAUUAACUAGGCAAAGACUUGACCUUUCAUGGCCAUCUAUGUUUGUCCAUCUGUAAAUUAUGAUUUCUAACACAAUUAGUAUGGCCUAACCGAGAAUUGCUUUCUAAUGUCUUCUUUGUUAUGUUUAUAUAUAUACGGCUGUUCAGCACUUGAGAUUU